AUGGUUCUCUGGAAUGCGGCGAAAACAAAGGUACAGCUCAAAAUUGCUGUUCAGCGGUUGAGAACGCUACAAGAGAAGAAGGCGUCUUUGGCAAAGAUGGCUCGCAGAGAUAUCGCGCAGCUCGUUGAACGAAAUAAGAUGGAAACGGCUAGAAUCAAAGUCGAAAGUAUCAUUGGAGACGAUAUUCACAUUGAAUUGUUGGAGAUUUUAGAGCUCUACUGCGAGAUCUUGACCGCGCGCUUCGGUCUGCUCGACAACAACUCCAAGGAGCCGGAUCCGGGAAUAUACGAAGCCAUCUGUGCAGUAAUAUACGCAGCACCACGUACAGAAGUCAAGGAGCUCAAUGUGCUCCGUGAAAUGCUGAUGCACAAGUUUGGGCGGGAGUUCUCUCUUGCAGUAAUGGAGAACAAAGACGAAUGUGUUCCCGCACGGGUGACCAGAAAGUUGAUUGUAGAGACACCUCCAAAGCCACUCGUUGACGCCUAUCUGGAGGAGAUCGCGAGAGGAUAUGGAGUGGACUACACACCAGCUAAAUCCGACGACGAAGCAGGCGGUGGUCUCGGGGAAGCUGAACGUAUAGGGCUCGAGAGGAAGCAUUCAGAUCUCGUUGCGCCUCUACUCACAGACCCAGUUGGUGCGACAUCGGACCGUGUGGCGGCCAAGUUACCCACGAUCCCUCCAACUGAAGGAUCCGCGACCCCUAACGCAAAUGCUGGUUCGUCCCAAGCGGAAAGUAAGCCAGCGCCGGCGGAGAACGAGUAUGAAGCUCUGAAGCGGAGGCUCGACGCGCUCAAAGUCCGUAAAUGA